CGAGUGAGAGAGAGAAGGAAGCAAGGAAAGAAGAGUUUGUCCUUGAAAGGAAAAAGCUCUGCCUUUGCAUGCAUGCCAGUCAUGUGCUCGUUUUGGUCUGCAAUAGAAAAACGAACAUAAUUCCCCGCUGCCAUGAGGCGGACCACCUUCUUUGCGCUGGAAAUAGUGGACGCUAAGACAAGGGAGCAGCUUUGCUUUUUAGAUAAGGUGGAGCCCUACUCGUCAGUAGGAGAUAUCAAGAACCUUUUGCACAGAGCAUAUCCUCACUGGUAUCCUUCCAGACAGGCCCUGAAGCUCGAUCCAUCGGGAAAACCCCUGAAAAAUGAGGACAUCCUGCAAAAUAUGCCCGUGGGGACCUUCGCCACCUUGUACUUCAGAGAUCUGGGACCUCAGAUCGGCUGGACGACGGUGUUUCUGGCGGAGAAUGUCGGCCCCCUGCUGCUCUACUUCCUCUUUUAUCUUCGACUUCCGUUUAUUUACGCGGACUGCGAGGCCAGCCCGCAUGCUGUCAUCACGCGAGCUUGCGUCUCCCACACUUCCCAUUAUGUGAAAAGGUUGGUAGAGACCCUGUUUGUGCACCGUUUCUCCCACGGGACCAUGCCUCUCAGGACCAUCAUCAGGAAUUGUACUUAUUAUUGGGGUUUCUCAGCUUGGUUGGCUUACUACAUCAACCACCCGCUUUAUACGCCUCCUUCAUACGGAGAGCUACAAGUCAACUCUGCAUCGGUCAUGUUUGCGAUUUGUGAACUGGGCAACUUCUCCAUUCACUUGACUCUGAGGAAACACAGAGGAGAUGGUGAGCUGGUGGAAUUUACGACAGAAAUUCAAUUUCAACGGUUUGCGUUCAAUUCAUGCCAUCACUUCCUGACAGGAUCAAGACACAGAAAGUUCCCCCUUCCAACGAAAAACCCUUUCACGUGGCUUUUUGUCCUGGUCUCCUGUCCAAAUUACACGUAUGAGGUUGGCACUUGGGUGAGCUUCUCCAUCAUGACCCAAUGUCUGCCAGUGGCUUUGUUCACUUUGCUGGGGUUCAUUCAGAUGAGCGUUUGGGCCAAAGGCAAGCACAGAGCCUACAGCAGGCAGUUCAAGGACUACCCCAGCCUGCGCACGGCCAUGAUCCCCUUGCUUCUGUGAUUGCUGGGAUAUUAUGGGACCGAAGAAGAACUAAUUCUGUGUUUUUUUCGCUUGAAUAGCUGGACCUGGUCGCAAUCAUUUUCGGCAUAAACCUCCCUUCAAUAUUCAAAUGAAUAUUUUUCGUAUUUCUAUUGUGUUAGGGAAGGAAAUACAUUGCUAUUAUUAUCUACUUCAUAAUGCUAUGUUUUUUAUUUGAAUUUGUUUAGACCAGCAGAUAUUUUCUCCAUGUUAAUUUUUUAAAUAUUAUUUUUUUAAUAAGAAUUUUCAACAUAUGAACUUUAUGCAUUUACCUCCGUUUCAUUGUAUUAAGAAAUUAAAUAUGUUAUUAUUAUUAUUUAGUUAAUUUUAUUGUUUUGUUUAGUUCAUGUGGUAUUUUUUUCUUAAUAUUAAUAUUAGUUAUUUUUUUAAUAAUAAUAAUAUUGAUUUACUUACCUUCAACAUUUAAAUAAAUACUGUACUUGAUUGUGUUAAGAGAUUAAAU